AUGUCUCAGGAGGCCGCUGCAGAGGGUUCCAGCACAGCGGACCCCGUUCUCAGUCUCCACAACAGCUGUGGGCUUUUCCAGGAGGAUAUGGAAGAAACCAGCUCCAUGGUAGGCCUGGCACCAGACCUUCCAGGAGAGAGCUCUGGGGCCCCAGUUUGGGCGGGCAGCAGGAAGAGGGUCUUCAGGGAAGAGGCUCAGCAAGGUGCCAGCUCCCAGGUAGUGGGUGCUCCUGGGACUAGCCUGGAGGUCAAGGCCCACCUGGUGGUCCUGGGGCUGCAAGCUAUGGGAGAGAGCCAGGAUUCGAUGCCCGGCCCCAGGCUCCACAUCCAGCUGCCCACAGUGCCUGCCCACGGGAGGGCUCAGGCCUCCAAGAGGCUCCAGGUUACAAUGCACGACAUCUUAGCUGGAAGCUGGCCCAGGAAUCUUUGUAGUGUGUCCGUGGGAACAAGACAGAAAAGCAGGAGGUCUGAGGCCCCCUCAGAGGAUGAGGAGGGGGCUGAUGACUUCUUGUGGCUUGGUCAGAGCUCUGGUGGGGACAAGCCCCAGUCUGUGGGAGACUCCCCGCAAGGUGCUGACAUGGAGUCCUUGGGAGGCCCUUGCAGUCCUCUCUCUUGCAAGGACACUGGGUGUGGGCCUGGAGAUUCAGGCGGAAGUUGGAUGAGCUGUGCCUCAGGGAUUGAGAAGUUUAAAUAUCUGCCCACUGCAGAGGGCGGGACCCAGCCAGGCAGCCCCUGUGACCCUGUCAGGUCCCCACUGCCCAGUGGAGGUGAGUCCCUUCAUCCAGCUGCCUGGGAUCCUCCACAGAGCCCUGUACUGUGCCUGGGAGUGUCCGGAAAGGCUUCCACAGAGCAGCAAGAAGCCAGACACAUCGUGGGGCCUGGCGGUGGUGAUGGCCCUGCCACCUCACACAACCAGGAGGAGUUGGAGGUCAAGGCUCAGCCAGUGUCUGGGGGGAUGCCAGGACAGGGACUCGCUGCUGCCCUGAAGCCUGUAGCCAGCAAGGCUAGCUCAGGCCCAUCCACGGGGCAGAGAAGAUCCAAGUGUGCUAAACAGUUGAGAAGGGGCCCGGUGCCCCAUGCCCAGGACCAGGGCACUGACAGAUGCCCAGACGACUCCAACCAGGACCAGGCAGAGGAAUCCAGCCUAGGAGACUGCCCCAAACUGGAGGCAAUGAAAAUGACCCAUGGGGUGAAGCAUGUGUAUUACGUUGGUUCUGGGGCAGUGAUCCACCUCCUGGGGGCCAUCGGCUACGGCCAGGCAGGGGGGCUCCUGCCUCCGAAGCUGGAGGUUCUGGAGGACAUGAUGGAGGUCAACUCAGCCUCACCUGUGCAGAGGCCCAGAUUGAAGGAAAGGCCCAUGGCCCGGGGCCCCGCGGGGUGCCAGAUCCUCUAGCCACCUCCCUCAGGGGGGACAGCAUGGGGCUCUGGCAGCCUCUCUGGCCCCUUCCACCAUCCGAGGAGAGGGGGUCCCGUUCAGGAGGCUGGUGCUGAGUGUCCGGGGCUGAGUGCUUCUGCCCUGGCCACGCGGCAUCCCUCCCUGGAGCACGGUGUGGCCCAGUGGAGGCUGAAGAGGAGGAGCCUGGUGAGCAGGCACGGGGAGAGGACUCAGAGACUCCGUUUCUCCACAGCUCAGCUUCAGCCCCAACAGGAGAAGCUACCCCUGGAUAUUGGGGUACGGGGCACUGUGGUCCGUGCCAUGCGGGAGGCGCUGUGGAGUCGCCUUCAGGAGCGCCCAGACCUGGCGCUGAGUGAGGAGGCCGUGGAGGGCAUCGCUGCCGGCAUCGAGGCAGCCCUCUUCGACCUGACACAAGCCACCAACGGCCGCUACAAGAACAAGUACCGCAGCCUGCUGUUCAACCUGCGGGACCCCAGGAACCUGGACCUGUUUCUCAAAGUGGUUCACGGAGACGUCAGCCCCCACGGCCUGGUGCGGAUGAGCUCGGUCCAGCUGGCCCCCCAAGAGCUGGCCCGCUGGCGGGACCAGGAGGAAAAGAGGAGCCUGGAGAUCAUUGAGCAGCUGCAGAAGGAGCCGUGUAGCCUCCCGGCCUCCAAACUGACCCACAAGGGGGAAGUCGAGAUCCUGCGGGACAUGGACCAGACGCUGACCCUGGAGGAUCUGGUGGGUCCCAUGGUGUCCAUAGACUGCGGCCCACUGGCCCUGCCUGCCACGUCAAGGGGCACCACGGAGCAGCACGAGGACACCAGAGAGCAGCACAAGCACCACUUCCUAGACCCCAGCUGCCGCAUCUGCAUGGACUGGAAGCCCUUGUAUGAGCGGCCAGCCUCCUUCAUAGCCACCAGGAGGAUGGGGGAUGAUGCUUUCCAGAGAGCCCCAAGCCUGGUCCCUAUGUCCUCUCCAGAGAUGCCCCAAACCAAGGAGAAGCCUCCCACGGAGCCCAAGGACAGGGUCCCUCCCUCUAGGAUCCAGAUGCCUGCUGGGUCCACAAAAGCCCUGCCCAGCCAGCCACCCUGGGAGGGGUCUCUGGACAUGUUCUCCAUUAAGCAGUUCCGGGUCAAGGCCCAGCUGGUCUCGGGGCACAGCUUUUGGCUCAUCCGGGCCCUGCCCCAGGUGAUCCGCUCUGCAGGCUGCAUCCCCCCCAAUGCUGUCUGGGACUUUCUGGCCAGCAUCUGCCCAGCCGAGGCCAAGGACGUCUGCGUGGUCAGACUGUGCCCACAGGGCUCUCGGGACACCCAAAAUUGCCACCUGCUUUAUUCCUACCUCAACGACAAGCAGCGCCAUGGCCUGGCAGCUGUGGAACAGGUGGGGGUGGUCCUGCUGCCCCUGCCUGCCUUCCAGCCCCUGCCCUCCAGGCUGCGCCCUCUUGGAGGCCCAGGCCUGGAAGCCACUCACGCAAGCCUGUUGCUGGCUGUGCUGCUCCCCAAGGCAGGGCUUCUGGCCACAGCAGAGUCCAGCCCCUUGUGGGGGAAGGUUCGCAAAAUGCUCUCCUUGAACAGAAAAGCGGAGAUGAGAUGCUACCAGCCAGAGGCCACGGGGCCAAAUGUGGCCCUGAAGGGAUCCCCUCCCCUGGUGGGUGCCCUGCAGCAGGGCCAGGGCAGAGGCAGCCUGGCCCCAAGGGGAAUCUGUGCUUGGCAGAGGCCUCCCAGAGGCAGGGGGAGACUGUGGGGAGAACCUGAGACCUGGCGGGGUCCUGGGCGAGGGCAACGGCGUCCAAACCCAGGCUGGCACCAUUCCUGGCAUCCCUAUUCAGCUUCACCAGCUGGCCAUGACCAGCACCUCCACAGGGCUUCCUGUCCCCGCCAAGCCCUGCUUCAGCAUCUCAAAUCCCUGGUGGCCAUGAGCCACCGGUUCCAAGCCUCACUGAGGUCCCUAGGCCAGGAGCAACUUCCCCGACCUCCUGCCCAGCCUCCUGCAGCCCCUGGGAUUCUUGGCCUCCUCUGCCAGUCCCCUGCAGCUCCAGAGCCCCCUGGCCCAUCCCUUGACUCCUCUUUGGGGCCUACAGAUGGAACCGGCUCUGAGUGUCCCCUUCCUGCAGAGACCUGA